ACGGGUCCUGUGCUGUACGCGGUCCUUUACACUGCAAACGACAACCGCGACCGACACGCACUCGCCGACACACCGUCUACACACAUAACCAGGUUGCUGCAGCACCACGCCGCGGUCCACCGCGCUUUUCGAACACUGCAGUUCCAUAAAAACGCUCGCCCGACGACGAUUUUGUUCCCGACGUCUCCCGUUCCUGUCGUCCAAUUCGUCGACCGUCGACCGCUUUAGAGGGUAUAAAAUCGACGACGACCACGACGACGACGACGACUACGACAACGACAAUGUGCGGAACGGCCAACCACAAGUCGGAACACGGACACGGUCAUCCACACCACUUGUUCAGGGUGCCGGCAGCCCACGCAGCCGCCUACGAAUAUUUGGUCAAAGAGAACAAGGCGCACACGGCGGCUGACCCGAAGAAACCCGGUGACGUGCUGACCGCCCUCACCAGAAGCACCUUUGAAAAGUGCACGUCGUUCUUCGGAGACUUGAAGAAAUCGCCGGCUUACAAGGUAUUGUUCUUUACGCAACCGGCGCACGUGAUAAUGGCGUUGGCCGUCAUUCUGGUCGCCGCGUCCAUGUUGCCCGGUGACAUGAAGAAAGCGUCAAACGCCAACGGUGAAAGCGUCAAGCCCAGGACUUUCGUCAACUUCGUCUACCUGGCCGCUUUCUGCACGCACGUGGGCGCCCAGUUCUGGAUGACAUUCAUUUCCGGAUUGAGCUUGUACUUCAAUUUGGCCAGACACGCUUUCGGUGACGUCCAAAAGAUUCUGUUUCCCAAAUACUUUUCGCUAAACAGUCUGCUAAGCGCCAUCACGCUCAUCCAAUUCGGCAAGAUGCACGUCGCUGCCAAUGUGUGGGACGUACACACGUAUUUACAGUUGUUCGUGUUGAGCCUGUGCUUCCUGCUGGAACUGAUGAUUCGGCUGUACGUGGUGCCGCCGCUGUUGCGACUCAUCACCGUCAAGACGGCCAUCGAGAAGUCUGCGGGCGUCGGCAACGAAGUGGGCCACUACGACCUGGGCCCGCUGGUCGACUGCCCGCAUUACAUGGCCAUCCACAAGGCCUUCAGGCAGGUGCAUCUGUUCGUGGGCAUCGGUAACGUGGUCACCAUGAUGUGCACUGCCUUCCACUUGGCGUACAUCGCGGCCUAAACUCCGCCACCGCCGCCGCCGCCGCCGCAGCAGCAGAACGACCGGAAAUCUUCCUCCCCCCACACACACACACACAAAACCCACUCGCCGCGCAUUAUUAUUGAUAUUAUUUAUAUGAUAUAAUACACACACGCACACACCAGUAAAAUGUGUGUGUAUGUUACAGUGACGGCGCCAACAUAUGCCCGCGGAUACAGUGUCAUCAUACGACACACUAGGCAUAUAGCUCCGCCACUGUAACUCAUAUGAUAAUAUCAUAUUAUAUUAUUAUAUUUUAUGCCAUAAUACUAUACAUACUAGCGAUAUUACUACCACUGCUACUACUACUACUUCUAGUUACUACUACUAUAACUACUACCAUAUAAUAUAUUAUAUCUGUUGCACGCGCCGCCGUGCGCUCAUAUAACACAUACAUUAUGUUUUCAAUAAUAUUGCUAUAUAUACCUACCUUAUAUACACGGGGUCAUCCAUAACUUAACUGGCUUUUUCGUUUUUUGUUGUUCUUUUUUUUUUUUUUGUUGCUGUUUUCCACUGCCGUUCCGUGUAUCUCCCUCUGUAUAGUUCAGUGGAAAAGUGGUUAUUUUGCUUUACGCGAACGACGGCGAAAAUUAAUUUUACGACGAUUCAAUAUGCACACCUGCACAAUAUGUGACGACAAUAAUACACUACGCUAUUAUUAUUAUUAUUAUUAUUAUUAUUAUUACUACAUUCACGUUCACACGCGUCAUGAUGACGCACAGCAGUAUAAUAUUAACGUAUAAUGUACCUAAAUAAUGCGAUAAAGUAUAUUAUUUAAUAUCAAUUUGAUUAAAAAACGUCGUCGGUCACUGGCCGACCAAAGUAUGCAGCGUACAUAUGGUCAGAAAUCUUAGGGGGAGGAAACGUCAAUUAACGCGUGUUAAAUUUAUUAUAAUGUAAGCUUACGAAGUUAUGAGUUGGGUUAGGAAAUAUUUGGGGGCUUCAGGGGGGGAUUUUAAUAGUACCCAUUAUAUUCAUACAAGAAUACGCCACGCCGGACUUCCGUCCGUCUUGGUGCGACUCGACGAGUUAUACUCCCGACAUAUCCGACUCCUCUCAUUAUAACAAUAUCAUAAAAUUUGUAUAACAUAACUCGGUGAAUAUUAAAAAUAAUAAUGAUAAUAAUGAUAAACACAGGUUGGAUGUUUUCAAAAUGUAUCGUUCAAAUAACACCUAUGCUGUAUAUAGUUAUUAGUAGCCCGCGGCGGGCGCAAAAACGAAUUGAAUUCACAACAAUAUAUUUUAAUACGCACUCCGUACACACGUAUAAUAAUAAUAAUAUUAUAAUAUAUUGUUUAUAAAUGUGUACGCAGUCGUAUUUGUCG